AUGCCUGUGCCUGUGCCUGUCGCCCGCGCUGUCUCCUCAUCCACCCGCACCACCAAUACGCCGUCUUCCCUGACCAAUACCAGACACCAUCUUAUUCUCGACUGGCCUCGUCCCGACUCCGACCCCUCUUGCGGCUUGCGGCUUGCCUUCUCUUCACACCUCGCAGACUGCCAUACCUACGGAUACUUCGUACAGACUACAACCGAGUGCUCAAGGCUCAAGCCCAGAGUAGACGACGACGGAUACUCCGUACCCCGACCACCCCCUGGCCCCUCCGUCCUGCGCGCACGCGUGGAAACAGCCUGUUAG